GAGGCGGCGCAUUCCAUCUCCUCACCUCUUCUCACAAGAAUGACCAAACCUACAUUAUGACGGAAUUAGAAGCAUCUGAGGUGGUGGAUCAUCCCCCGCCCUACAUAAUCUUUGUGGUGGUCUUCCUCUUCUUCCUAACCGGACUGCUCGGCUUCCUCGUCUGCCACCUGCUGAAGAAGAAGGGCUACCGCUUCCGCACUGGAGACAUGGACGAUGAAAAGGAGGAGAAGAAGCUUGAAGGAAACGUAGACGAGGAGGAUGAGGAGAACCAGGACACAGUGGAGCAGAUCCUCAAAUGCAUUAUUGAAAAUGAAGCUAACAUGGAAGCAUUCAAUGAAAUGUUUGGAAACCAUGUGCAACAUGACCCAAGGUUGCGUAAGGAGUCUGUUGGUGGUAUUCCUCCCCAUCACCACACAGUCCACUCAGGCUCCGACCACAACUCCUGUCACCUCUGUGCUCAGGUCCGAUCUAAAAAGGGCCGAAGACAAAGUCGACCCACCCGCUUUAAACAACGACCGGGAGAGCAGACUGUCUUCUCUGUUGGCAGAUUCCGGGUGACGCACACUGAUAAGAAGCUCCACGGAGGUCCUAAUCCAUUGGUCAGUUCAGGAGACCAGCUGGACCAAUCCAAGGACAGCGAGGAACAGAAGGAAGGCGGGUACAAUCUAAGAAGCAUGUUCAAGGAUGUCCAAUCGCCUUCAGAGGGCUCAACUGUGAACGUGGGGAAACGCAGGAAGAGUGUAACCAUCUUUGGGUUAAGGCGGGGCAGCGACCCCGUUGGCAUGAAAGUAAGAGAAGGGACCGGAAGGGAGACCGGAUGUAUUAGAUUCGCUAUUCAGCAGCAACCUGUAGUGCUGGAGGAACUGUUGCCGGCAGAGAACAUUGAAGUCAACGGAAGUGAUACUAAACCUGGUAUCAAACCUGAAACCAAGCCUUCUGCCCCGGGCUCUCUUCUCAUUCCAUCUCCUGCUUUAUCUGAACAUUCAUUGAAGACAACAGAAAAACAAAGAGAUGUUGUUGAGGAUAAGGUGUUAAAAAUGGAGGAAGCAUAUGAUCCCGGUCCGUUCCAGACCUCUACAUCCAUUGCCCCCAUUCCUGGAUCCACUCCUCUCAUUCCUAUUGGUCAACUUGAACCCUGUUCAAGUCCAGGUUUUUCAGUUACUGAAACUCCCUGUGACCCAAGCUUCAGCCCAGAUCUGGAAUCAAGUUUUGGUGCAAGCUUAGAUUUAAUAAGCUUACCAAUCAAGACCCCUUCUUCAUCUUCUUCAUUAAAAAUGCUCAUCUCAACGGUGGGAGUCACACCAAGCCCCAAACUAAGCUCAAGAAAUACACAAUCAGAGGCUGGAAAAACAGCCUUUUCCUCAAGCCCCAAACUCCCAUCAGGCACAGUGAUGUCUAGCCAGACCCCUGUUCUAUCUUCAUCCUUUGAAAAAAGUGCAAGUCCAUUACAAGCGCCAAUUCAUUUACCUGCUCUUACUGCUAGCUCCAAACUUGACACAAUGCCAGUUUCACCACAAACCCCCUCUUCUUCUCCAGCUGACCAAAACCUCUCCUUUAUAAGUUCACCUCGUCUGACUUUGAAGUCAGGAAGUGUGAUGUCUGUAGCAUCUAUGAACAGAGGGGAUACAGUUUAUUUAAAUGAACAAGAGCUAGAAGGAGCCAGAACCCUGAAGACAAAAGAAGAAACUGAAAUAUCGAGAGUAGGACUUCUGAAAACAGUUAUACUUUCACCAGUUGAGGGACCUUCGAAAGGUUCUGCCCUUUACUCUCCCACUGAAAAAAGACUGAGCAGUUUGCCUCUGUCACCUUCCAGUCCACUGUCCCUCUCCUCACCUAUAGGAAGCAGAAUAAACAGUGUGACCAUCAUCAAAGCCAGCCCUGACAGCAAGAGAGAGUUUUCAGUUACCAUGAUGGAGCAGGAAAUAUCCUUGACUUCAAUAAAUGAACAGAGAGGCGCAACUUCUGAACUCGGGGUUGAAUCAGAAAAAGCAGGAAUUAAUCCAGCUAUUGGUCAAGGAGAUGAGAUUUAUGUUUCCGGUGUUGGACAUUGUGAAAGUCAAUGUGAAGAGACUCCUAGAGCAGAGGUUAAACCAAGGGUGAGCCAAGAGAAGGAUGAUAUGGUGGAGAUGGAAGAUAUUAGGGACUGCAAAGUGAUACAGGUGGAAGAAGUAGAGAAGGUGGAGGAGGAGUUGGAGAAGAUGUUGACAAUUUAGUCAAAACAGGAAUGAUAGGUGGAGUCUCAUAUGGAGAUAUUUGAGCAUUCAGAAAGAAGUAAAGAGUGGCAGGAAAUGUAAAAAUAAUCAAAUAAAGUCAUUAUGAACAUGCCUUUAAUUAUGUAACCACAGCAGCGAAUGUGUUGCAACAAAACUGGACUGGCUGGUUAACUGACUAGCUGGUUGACUCGUUGAAAAACAUCAGAUUAUCUUCCACAAUAUAAUGGAGGUUGCAUGUUUUAGCCUUUUCAUCACAAAUAACACAUACUUUACAUCAUAGUUAACCUUUUUUGCAGACCAUGCUUUUGUGUUUUAGAUUUUAUAAUUGAUUUUACCGGCAGAUUACGGAGGAGCUUUCCUUUGACUAAAUAAUGAUCACAGUUGGCUGAUAGGUGCUUAAUUUAUGGCCUGAUUACAUUUGAAUCUUUAAACAGAGCUGUCUGAUUAAUUAAUUAAUUGAUUGGAAACAAUCAUGACUAAUUAUUGAUGUAUAGAUGUGCUAAGGGCUGGCCACCCCUAAUCUCAUCUAUUGAUCCUGCUAAUUGUAAAUCAAGACUUACAGCACAGGCACACAGAAGAAACAGUGGAGAUGUCUCAGUUUUGUAAAUAUGCAAUAUGCCCCAAUAUUGUAGUAGCUUUUAUUGUGCAGUAUAUGGUCGGGUAAAAAACCUGUUUUUCUCUAAAUUUAGCGGGACCAUGUCAACCAAUCUCCCUUACAACUACCAACACAUAGUCAGUGUGUUAACUCACAAAUGCUGUUAGUGAAGUCAAUAAGUGAGUUAACAAGCAUUACAAAUUGUUUUAAUUAUUAUUUAUUUUACUUAUUUUGAGUUGCCUAAAGUAAACUUAAAAAACGGCAUGUAACAAGAAGAAAUAGAAAAGCUUCCACAACUUAUGCUAGAGGGGUAACUAGAGCAUCACAGUUUAAAGCAGUGGUCACCAACCUUUUUGAGCCCAAGAUCCCUGACCUCCGCCUUCAUGACCGGCAAGAUCUACCUAUUGAGGCGUUGAGAGAAAACGACGGUCCAGACUGGACUUACAACUUUUUAUUUGGCCUAAUUGUCAUUUGGGUCCAGCGUUCAAAUUGAUGGGACCAGGAACACAGAAUUUAAGUGUAAUAUAACAAGUAAGAUAUUUGUUAACCGCACACAAUAUGAACAAGAAAAAACACAUUUGCAAUGAGCAGCUGGAUGAACUACCAAUAUAAAUGUUGUAUUUAUUUAUAUUUCGUUGCCUCUGUACCUGUACUCUAGCAAUGACAAUAAAUGUAAUCCAAUCCAGUUACAGCACAACACUGACAACAUGAUCAGUCAGUGCAACUCAUGUAAGUUCAGCUCUCAUCACAAUGCCAUCAAGCCAUGUGACUCAAGUCAGUGUGAUGCUGUGACUGAACUCUGUCUGUGAGCUUGUAGUUAGUUCAUAAUCACAGACAGCCAGUCUGAGGCCGUCUGUCAGCUGUGUCAGUAAUCCAGCUCCUGGUCUUUGAUUUGGUGAUUUUCUCAACUCCACUGACGAGUUUUUCGGGGCAAAUUUGGUAUUCAUGGAAGUUUUCUCAUCUGGGAUUGAUUCUGAACUCAGACCGUUGGUGAUUACAUUCACAUCAACUCAACAGACAUCCUCAGAUUUAAAUAAUUAUCAUAAUAAUAAAUAUGAGAAUCACCAUUUGUGACUCCUGCAUCUGUCCCUUUUCAAAUAAUAGAAUAAAUGCAAUUGCAAUCACUUUCAAGUAAACCAGAUUGCUCUAUCAGACAAGAAAAAAAACCUCAAUGUUGAGCUUUUGUUUUGAAGGACAACCGCAGAAAAGCCCAACUCACCGAGGUAAGACCUGGCAAGUCGCCAAGAAUCUCGGCUGUCGCGCAUGCGCAGGCGUAACCUGUUAAUGUCGUAACGUAAACAUGUACACGAAGGUACAGGCAUUUCAACAUUUAUUUAUUGAUGACUUAGUUUUAUGUCGGUGUACUUUGAGCUUGUGUAAUAUGUGAAAUCAAGGUCUUUCUGCAUUUCCCCCUGCGUCCCACCUGUAGUGGUACGUUCCCCUCUUUCAGGAGCACAGCUGACAACACGGCUGUGUAAGCGAACCCGUUUUCAGGCGUUCAUGAAUCAGGCGGAGAUGUUUUCUGACGUCAAUCUUCCAGUCAGAAAGAAAACAUUUCAGAAGACACUUCAGAAAAUGUUCGAAAACAAGGACCAAUGUGUUUCUGAAUUUAUUUUCAUUUUAUUUUGGAGAUCGACAGGGAACGUCUCCGAGAUCGACCGGUCGAUCGCGAUCGACGGGUUGGCGACCACUGGUUUAAAGCAUCCACUGACCAAGUGUUGGUAUUAGUGAAACUGUGUUGCCUAUGAGAGUAUACACUUAUGGAUGUUCACAAUGGCCCCACAGAUUCACCCCCACCUGUACAGAUUCCCACAAGUUAGUGCUCGUGAAGAAAUAAGGACUUGAUCUCUCAUUGGUUUCCCACCACUACUGGUUGUUUUGAACAGGAAUCUUAUUCGGUGGUGGACAAGUGCUUUCUUUUCUUAUUACCACAACAGAUCAAGUCAGCAGUCAUUGAUGUAACCAUAGAGAGUAGUCACAACAAUACGCCUGUAGUAGUAUGAUCUUAUACAAGUCUAAUCAGACAUGUCCAUUGGUAAAUACACUGCAAUUACUGUAUACCUGUCACUCCAGUUACAGUAGUUUAUAAAAUGUAUUCACAAUCAGAAAAAGUUUUUGUUCUGCUUGUUAUUCACAAUACAUUUCUCUUCUCAUGAAUGUAAUGUGUUCAACAUGAAUUAAGUCAGGAUAGUCCAAAAACAAUGAUAAAAAGUGAUGGAUGUCAAGUACAUGUCAAUGCAAUACAGUGGAUCAGCCCCAUAUGUGAAAUAAGCUCUCAGACUGCAGAGACCUGACUCUUACACAUAAUAAACUCUGCUGUCCUUAAAGCUGUGAAACUUAAGAAUUAGAUAUUUUCAAGUAUGAUAUGUAUUUUCAAUUAUAACUUGUAACGCAGAAUCAUACUCAUACUUACAGGGGUAUGAUGUUAUACAUAAACUAUCCACAACUUCACCUGUACUGCGUCUCUACUCUAAAUACAAAACUAUAACAAUAACAUGGUCAUUAUAACAAUAGAAAGGCUUGAUCCAUAGUGUUUGUGGUUAAAAAUAACCGUGGUUUAAUUAAGAAUGUCUGAAGAAUUGUAAUUACAUCCCAUUAGUUUUCACAAGAUUCAGGUUUUGUUUGACUGCUCAUAAAUUGUACUGCUGUAGAUCAUACAAGCACAAUCAUUGUCCUUAGAAAUGUUAGCUAAAAUUACAAAAAAAGAUCCAUGUUUUUAACAAAUGUUUUUCAUAAAAUGUCAUGACAUAAAUUGGCUUCAAAACCACUCUGAUAAAUGAAGAAGAAAAAAGCAGCCUCCUAUAAUGGUUAGCUUUGCCUUAAUAUUAUGGCAAUUAAGGAUAAGACAAAGAAACAACUAUUAAAGCAAUAAUGUGAAGUAUUGAUAUGUCACACAUUCAGUUCCUUAAGUGUUUGUUUGGAAUACAAUACAAAGGGAGAAAACAGAUACUGCUAUGUCACACAUUCAGUUCAUCCCUCCCUCCCCCACAUUUCCACACAGACACCCACAAAAAAAAACUUUAUCGGGGAGAAAAAGUUAAGAAACCUUCAGGAGAGCAAAGAAGCAAUAUAUGUCAUGUGUCUAGAAUGAACAACAAAACAGAGUUACAACACAUUCAUUGAAUAUGACAAAUGAUUCAUCUAAUGAGAGUAGUCAUGAUAAAAAAGUUAUGACUACCAACAAUAACAGCAACAGUGAAAUUGUAUAAUAAUAAUGAUCUUGGUAGUGUUAAUUUAUUUAGGCUUACAUACACUUCACGAAUCAGCAGGUUUAAAUUGGACAAAAUAAAACAAUAUGACUGUCUGAUAUUAAAUAAUGUACUAAUACAGCUUUAGCUGACAGAUAUCUAAUAUUUAAGAGUCCACAUUUAAUUCUCCUUUUUUGUUGCACUGUUGUUGUUGUUGGUGAUGGCGUUAUUUUGUUACAGUACAACCUUUGUCCAUAGAUAUUUCAAAGUUAUUCUCAAAACUUUAAGAGUGUUGCCUUAUAACAAUGGUGAAUAUUGUAAUGUUGAACUCAAAAUAAAAAAGGAACAAUUUUAUUUUACAAUAGUGUAUCUAUAUAUAAUAGUGUCUACCAACUACGCCACUGCCCUGUUGAGACUCCGCCCACUCCUCCUCUCUACCUCCAUCUGCCUGAUGGAUCGUGGAGGUCUCCAUCGUGGAAUAUGCCUACUAUGAACUAUUCAUACACUCUGUCAUAUUCAUUCAAUGAGUUUUAACUCUGUAAUGAUUCCUUCUGUACACAUGACAUCUGUUGCAUCUGUCCAUCCAGGGAGAGGGAUCCUCCUCUGUUGCUCUCCUGAAGGUUUCUUCCCUUUUUUCCCCCCUGAAGGGUUAUUUGGGAGUUUUUCCUGAUCCGAUGUGAGGUUUUGAGACAGGGAUGUCUAUGUGUACAGAUUGUAAAGCACUCCGAGACAAAUUUAUAAUUUGUGAAAUUGGGCUAUACAAAUAAACUGAAUUGAAUUGAAUUUAAUUGAAUUGUAUCGCCUACAAUUACUUGGUUGGUCAUGCAGAUAGUUUUGGUUUUAUGGCUGCUCAGGUUUUGAGGUAUCUGCCUCUGAAAUUUAACCAAAUCUUAAAAGUGAAGGACAUUUCCUUCACAGAAAACAAUUAGGUUAUGGUAAUAAAUAAAAAAGUAGUUAAUUUAUAGAUUUUUAGUAAACUCAUCUUUAACAUUAAGAAUGUUAACACAAUGGUGACAUCAAACCCUACACUGUAAAAAAGGAUUUGAACAAUAAGUCAUGAUAACAUCGUUCUGUAAUUUACUUCAACUUAUCAUUAUGAUUUAUACAAUUACAACUAAAGUUGUUUAAGUUUUCGGUUGUCCAACUCAGGUUUUUAAGCCAGUUCAAUACAUUUUAAUUUUCAAGAAGUCAAUUGAACUUAAUACUGUGAGUUAUAAUUAUGGUUAUCAAAAACUGCUGUUCCUCAAACGGCCACUUGAGAAUUUACAAGCGAUUGCAUUUCCAUUGGACCCCCAUUAAAUUAUAAAAUGUCAACUAAUCCAUUUAAAUUGUAUUGAGUCUUAAAGUUAUGUAUAAUCGGGCCGUACCACGUCGCAAAACGCGCGCUGUCUGUCUGCUCCGCUGCAUCAAUGUAAAAACCAGACGGCAAACUAACCUAAACCACGAAGCGGAUCAAUACGUUUUUGACAGCCGGAUCACAAAUGUGACCCGGACCCUCCGCAGUACGUCAGUUCAGCGAUGAAGGGGAUGCAAGUCGGCCUUCUAAUCGGCUAUGAAAGUGGGCCAGAAACUGUGAGUGGAAAUGCACAAGAUGCAUUUCCACGCACAGUUUUCAACAUUGCAGAGACUAUUGUGCUCCACAAUUUAAAAGAUAUUCCAAGCAGCUUUGCCAUGCUUAUGGGAAUUAUGUAGGCCUACUGUGUGAAUCUUGAGUAUCCAUCAGACAUGAACUAUUCCUUUGAGUUUCUCCAGCGAGUGGUGAUUAAAAUCAAACCAGCAGACCAAGCCUCUGCCCGAGUACAUCGACUGAGAAACAAACAUCUCAGGUAGCCUACAAAGUGUAAACAAAGGACUGACGGUUAGCUAAAUCCUGUCUUGUUCCUGUUCAAAUUGUUCUGAAUGUUCUGGGUUUUUCAUACAUUUACAUGUUAAGCACAUUCUCACUUCAACACAUUCACGAGUAGUCUUUUAUUCAAUAAAUUAGAAUAUUAUAGUAUAUACAUGUUUCGAGUGGAGAGUUAGUUCCUUGCCAGAUGUGUCAUGACCUGGAGUUUCUGUCUCGUUUUGUGUCUUAUUUUGAAGUCCUUAUGUCAUCUGUCUCCCUGUGAUUGUCUGCCCUGGUCCUGAUUGUUUCCUUCUGUGUGAUUGCUGGUCCCGCCCUCACUGUGUCCACCUGUGUCUCGUUCCCCGUUGUCCAAUCACCUUCACCUUGCCUGUGUAUUUAAACCCUGUUUGUAUCAUACCCCAGUUCGGCGUCGUACCGUUUGGUUCGUGUUUGUUAUCCUGUGUUACCUGUAAUUCAGGAUUAAAUAUUGGUUAGGAAGUAGUGUUGGCAUUUGGUCCUCGCUCUCGCUUUGACAACACAUGACAAGAUGCCAUGAAAUCCUGAAAGUUGGACACAUUUGUUUCUACUGAUUUCUUUACUGUUUACAUUGACUUCUAAGGUUUUUCUCCGAGUCUGAACUUUUUAUUAAUAUUCUGUUUAACCACAGUGUGGAAGUUGUUGGGGACCUACAUGUUUUUAUGUAAACUUUGUUUUAAUGCAAUAAAUAUGAUUUGUUUGCC